AUGCUCCUUUUCUACCUCAUUUUGAUUAAUGGCUGCUUGGCGUACAUGAGCAGAUCGGCCAUUUAUUGCCAUGACUUGGAUUCACUGCUUCUCUCUGAAGAAACAACUAUGUAUGAAUGUAGCGAGAAUGGCAAUUUUAUCAUCCACACAAACGCACUCAACUACUCCAUCCCAUCAAUGACAAAACAUAUGGAUUGUGGCUGGAUGGAAAUCAAGCCCGGUCUGCUCCACCAGAAGCCAUCUGUCCUUGAGCCUGUUUCGUCAUGUCUCUCCCAAACCCAAGGAGCGGGCGGAACCAAGUCGGUCACCAAUACCGACGCGCUCUACUUUGUUCUCUCCGGCACAUUACGAAUUCCGUUGCUCAGCGCAUUAUUUCUCCAGUUUGGAGCCACUCCGGGAGCUGGUCUGAGAGUCAGACUAUCCCGAAUCAUGGAAUAUGGAUGUACUGCUGCUGCCGGGCAAACCGUUCAGAUUGUGCAAACAAGAGAUGAAUAUUUGCUCAAGGAUUGGGAGUUUCGGCCCAUUUCGGAAGACCAACACGAAAACAGGCCGCUAGUGUAUGGUCUGUGGGUUCAUUUACCAGAUGUAGAAGCCACAGAGGAGACUGAAACCAUAGCAUGUGUGACAGACCCCGAUCGGAUCCAGUGUCGGCCAUAG